AUGGCGGCACGGGCUCCGGUGGAGAGGGCGUCGGGCGGGGUGCGUGGCGGGUGGCGCUCGGCAAGGUCGGAACGGCGGGCUUCGCCUGAGUCGGGCUCGGGCCGGGCAGCAGCUGGUCGCGGUGCAGAGGCGCGGCGGUGGGCGUCGAAGGCACGCGGCAGCGGCAGCGGCGUUGAGGGGUUGCUGCAUCGGCGGCCAGGCGCGGCGACGGUGCUCGCAGUGGCGCAGCGAGCGGGCUUCGGGGUUCGGGUCGGCGGUGGCGGCGCAGCACCGACGCGGGGUGGACCAAAAGAACACGGCGGAGGUAACUUUCAUGGAACGGUUCCUCAACAAUUGGGAAACUUCACCGAGUUGCAAGUCCUUGAUCUUCAUGAUGAUAAUGGAGAUUUGGUCAUUGAUGAUACCCAAUGGGUUUCUUAUCUUCAAUCACUAAAUUACCUCGACAUUAAUGGCUUAAAGAUUGCUAAAGCAAGAGACCUAAUGCAGGUUGCUGAUACCAGAGGAGCAAUAGCUUACAUUUGCAGAAAUCAUACGAGCGAAAUGGUGGAUGGAUAUACCUCUCGAGUUACUGCUACCUCAGCUUUGCAGGUUGAAGUUUCUGGCCUCCUUUCGGCGCUACACCAUCUCCGGCGACUUGGCAAAUCCAACGAUCCGUUGAUUUUGGAAUCGGACUGCCUUGCAAUGGUCGAAGCAGUCGCAGAUCCUCGGAAGAUUCCAUGGGAGAUUAGGUUUGUUCCUCGUACGGCCAACUCGGUCACGGAUUGGGCUGCAAAGGCCCAAGUUGUCGAUUUGAAUCUCGGUGGUAAUGAGCUAUCCGGGAGUAUUCCUGACUGUUGGAAGGGUUUUAGAUUAUCUCACUUGACUUUGUCGUUCAAUAAGCUAUUUGAAGUUAUCCCAAGCUCGAUUGGAUCCUUAUAUCAACUUUCAACCCUGCACUUGAAUGGGAACCGUCUCAACGGGGAGCUUUCUCUGGCUUUGGGUAAUUGCACAAGCCUAGUAAUUUUAGAUCUUCGAGAGAAUAACUUCUCUCGAAGCAUUCUGACAUGGUUCAACAGAAGAUGUUUUCUCUUGAAAAUCGUGAGGCUACGGGAGAAUAGUUUUAUUGAUAACAUCCCUCCGCAGCUUUGCUCGCUUUCAGGAUUGCAAAUUCUGGAUAUGGCGGUGAACAAUUUUACUAGGACCAUCCCACCUUGUCUCGGCCAUAUCAGUGGCAUGAAAAACUUCGAUCAAGAUAUUCCAUCUCAUCUGGGUUGGGAUCAAGAGCCUGCGGUUGAGAUCAUUAAGGGAAGAUAUAAUGCAUACACCAAAGAAAAUCUAUCUCAUCUGAAUUGGAAUCGAGAGCAUGUGGUUGAGAUCAUGAAGGGAAGAUAUGAUGAAUACACCAAAACUGUUUUGCAACUUGUGGUCAAUUUGGAUCUCCCAAGCAACAACUUGAUUGGGCCGAUCCCCAAAGAACUUACUCUCCUCACGGGAUUACAUGGUUUGAACUUGUCCCACAACCUUCUUUUUGGAGACAUUCCCAUUGGUAUUGGAGACAUUAAGUCACUUGAGUCUCUUGAUCUUGCCAACAAUCACCUCUUGGGAACAAUUCGAAAGGGCAUUUUGGUGCUAACAUUUUUAAGCCACCUCAACCUUUUGCACAACAACUUCACGGGGCAGAUUUCGAAAGGCAAUCAAAGCCAGAACCUUGAUGACCCUUCCAUCUAUGCCGGCAAUCCUCUACUCUGCGGGGAUCUUCUAAGAAGAAAAUUCCCUAGUGUUGAGGCGCCUCAAGCACCGAAUACAUAUCACUCCUAA